GAAACCCAGCCAGCAGGGAAGGGGACCGCCUGCUUGUCUCCUCUCAGGGGAAACCUGCUGAAGUCAUGGCUCCCUUCUCCCUCGCCUACUGCAUCUCGCUGUGCCUGGAUGAGGCAGGGUGCUUUGGGCAAAGACUAUGUGGGGGAAUUGAGGAGCCUGUUAUUCUCUGCUCUUUCUCCGUGCCUGGCUUUUGCUUCCUACCGUUGGCCCCUCACUGCUUCGCCAGCACGUGGGAGGAAGCAGGAAACCUCCUGGCCCUGCUGCAGAAGCCUUGGGACUGGACAUUCAAGCCCUUGGUUGGAAAAAGUGUAUACAAUUCAAUUACUGCAGUAGAAUUCCUUGUGGACAAACAGCUGGAUUUUAUAACUGAAGAUAGUGCCUUUCAGCCCUAUCAGGACGACGUAGACAGUCUAAACCCAGUUCUCAGGGAUAACCCGCAGUUACAUGAGGAGGUAAAAGCCUGGGUAAAGGAACAAAAGGUUCAGGAGAUUUUUAUGCAAGGUCCGUACUCCUUAAAUGGUUACAGGGUGAGAGUGUACAGACAGGAUUCUGCCACCCAGUGGUUCACUGGUAUCAUUACCCACCAUGAUCUCUUCACCCGCACUAUGGUUGUUAUGAAUGACCAGGUGUUAGAACCUCAGAAUGUUGAUCCUUCUAUGGUUCAGAUGACCUUUCUAGAUGAUGUUGUUCACUCUUUGUUGAAAGGUGAAAAUAUUGGCAUCACUUCACGCCGACGGUCUCGUUCCAACCAGAACAGCAACGCAGUCCACGGUCAUUAUACACGUGCGCAAGCAAAUAGUCCCAGACCAGCAAUGAAUUCCCAAACCGCAGCACCAAAACAGAAUGCUCACCAGCACCAGCAACAGAGGAAUACUCGGCCAAAUAAGAGGAAAGGCUCUGAUAGCAGCAUGCCAGAUGAAGAGAAGAUAAAAGAAGAAAGAUAUGAUUAUAUAGGUCGAGGAGAAAACCCCAAAACCAAAAAUAAACAUUUCCUUAGUAAAAGAAGAAAACCUGAAGAGGAUGAAAAAAAAUUAAGUAUGAAGAGACUGCGGACAGACAAUAUCUCAGAUUACUCUGAGAGCAGUGACUCAGAAAUUUCAAAUAAAAGGUUAACAGAUUCGUCCUCAGAGCAAAAUUCGGAAAAUGAGUUAAAAAGCAAGAACACUUCAAAUAUAAAUGGAGAAGAAGGAAAAUCCCAAACUAUUGAGGGAGUAGAACAGACACUAACAGACAGGCAGUCUCCAUGGGAUGAAAUACAGGAAGAUAAAAAACACGAAGAGGCAGAAAGACUGAAGUCAUCCGUCUUAGAUCAGCAAGAAAAAUCGUCACUUCAUUCAGCAGAGCAGCCAACGCCUUAUGAGCAGAAUGCCAGGGAUCCACAUGUUCAAGAGUGCAAUGCAGAAAAACAUCAUACUGCGGAAUUAACAAAUGAGCAAUUUGUACCCAGACCUCCUACUCCGAAAUGUGUUGUUGACAUUACUAAUGAAAACAGCUCUGAAAAGGAGAGCCAGGAUAAUGCUGCAAGUACCUUUGGUUUGCAAACGGUUCAGAAAAUAGAAUCUCACAGCAGCGAUUUAAAACAGCAGUUUGCAAAUGCAAAUUUCCUUGAGGCAAGAAAACAGGAAGCUGAUCAAAGUCGUGGUGGCAGUGUUGUUAACAAAGCAGAUUUGAUACAACCUGGGGUUGUAAAAACAUUAGUAAAUGAACACUUAAAUCCUGAAAAAGAAAAAGUGCAGUAUGGCUCAUUUAUGUCUUCGUUAAAUGUAGCUUCUCUAGCAGAAGAGAGUAAACUGCAUAAACAAAGUCCAGUCUCUGAUUCUGUGAAGUCAAAACCUAGUGCUUCAGUUGAUCAUCCUAAAACAAAGUCACCUGAUGUUAAGCCUAAAUUCACCCAAUCUUCUGAUACUGUGAAGUCUAAGGUUAGUUCCCAAAACAGCCAUGCUACUGGAUUAACAAGGUCAGCCAAUAAAACUGAUCAUGAUUUGCCUAGGUCUAGUUUUCAUCCAGUUCCAGCUAGAGUUAGCGCUCUAGAAGCUACUAAAAGUCCUCUUAUCAUUGACAAGAACGAACAUUUCGCGGUGUACAGGGACCCCACUCUGAUUGGACAAGAAACAGGAACUAAUCACAUUUCACCUUAUUUGCAUCAGCAUAAUUAUCCUCUGCAUUCCUCAUCCCACCGAACCUGUUUAAAUCCAAAUGCUCAUCAUCCUGCAUUAACUGGUUCAUCCCAUCUGCUAGCUGGGUCUUCAGCUCAGGCUCCCUUGUCCGCUAUUAACACUCACCCCCUUAGUACCACAUCCCACCAUUCUGUUCAUCACCCUCAUCUACUUCCUGCAGUGUUACCUGGAGUGCCUGCUGCCUCCUUGCUGGGUGGCCAUCCGCGACUAGAGACUGCUCAUGCUAGCAGCUUAAGCCAUUUGGCAUUAGCACACCAGCAGCAGCAACAGAUGUUACAACACCAGUCUCCACAUCUUCUUGGACAAGCUCAUCCUUCUGCUUCCUAUAAUCAGCUAGGGCUUUAUCCAAUUAUUUGGCAGUAUCCAAACGGAACACAUGCUUACUCAGGACUUGGUCUGCCCUCCUCCAAAUGGGUCCAUCCAGAAACUCCUGUUAAUGCGGAAGCUUCCUUGAGAAGGAAAACUCCCAGCCCAUGGUUACACCAGCCCACCCCCGUGACCUCAGCUGACAGCCUUGGUUUACUGAGUCACAUUCCUGUGCGACCAUCUAGUGCAGAUCCCCUUCGGCCGCUCAAACUGACAACGCAUUCCAGCCCACCAUUGUCCAAAAGUAUCAUAGAGCAUCACAAAGAAGAACUGGAGAGGAAAGCGUUCAUUGAACCUUUGCGUUCUGUUACAACUACACCAGUAAAGACAGAGCUAGAGCAAAGCAGAAUGCAGUCAGCAAAGGAGAGCCAUAUGCACAGACAUUUUGCAGAUCCAAUGUUGAACCAGCUGCCAAAGCCACCACAGGAGACUGGGGAGCGACUGAGCAAAUACAAAGAAGAACACAGACGGAUACUCCAAGAAAGUAUUGAAGUUGCUCCUUUUACAGCUAAAAUAAAGGCACUGGAGGGAGAGAGAGAGAACUAUUCCAGGGUAACAUCCUUAUCUUCAAGUCCCAAAAGCCAUUCAGUAAAAUAUGACAAGGAUGCUGAACGCUCUGUGUCAGAACUGUAUAAAAUGAAGCAUUCGGUUCCACAGAGUUUGCCACAGAGUAACUAUUUCACCACCUUGUCGAACAGUGUAGUAAAUGAACCACCAAGAUCAUACCCGUCAAAGGAAGCUUCAAGUGCAUAUGUUGAUAAGCAAACUAAUUGUCCUUCGACAGCAGCUAGUCCCCAGUCUCUCCCCUCUUACAUUUCUUCCCUUUCAAAACCUCCACCUUUAAUCAAGCACCAACCAGAGAGUGAAGGCUCUGCAAGCAAGAUACCUGAGCAGCUUUCACAGUCAGUGCAAUUUCACUCUGUAAAUUCUUUCAGAAGUGACAGCAGGAGCCCUACUCAGUUGUCAGUCUCAUCUUCCAAUACACUCCGGAGUAUGCCUGCCUUGCAUAGAGCCCCCGUGUUUCACCCCCCUGUGCACCAGAACCUGGAGAAGAAGGAAAGCAGCUAUAGCAGCCUUUCACCUCCGACUCUUACCCCUGUUCAACCCGUUAAUGCUGGCAGUGGCAAAAUACAGGAGUUGCAGAAACCACCAACUUUAGUACCCGAACCUAAGGAAGCUCAGACUGUCUACAAGGGCACUUCGGAACAGAAUUUAUCAGAAAUAUGGAAAUCCAGCAAUGUCCCAAAUAACGAAAAAGUGGAUUGGCAUGUUGAAAGAAUGAGUGGAAAGUCGCAGUCUGCUACAGCAUCUGUUAUUGUGCGUCCUUCUAGCACGAAAUAUGAUAGCAUACCAGUAAUGCAGUCUGCUUCCAAAGAUCGAGUUAGCGAGAGAUCUUCAGCUGUGACAAAUCAAGCAGAUUGCCUGAAAACAGCGGAAGCCAGGGAGACUGGAAGAGUUAUUCUGCCAAAUAUGAACACAGACAGUGCUCGCACACAGCAUGAAAAGAAAUUUCCAGCUGUCUCGCAAGGUAGUGUUCCUCGUGCUGUCACCCCUUCCACAGCUACGAUCUGCAGUACCAAAACGGAUGUCACCGCUUCAGCAGCAACAACUACCAGUGUGUCGAGCUGGGGUAGUUCUGAAGUGACUUACUCCUUAUCGAGCACGGUGUUGGCCUGCGCGCCGCUGGAGUGUUCUGCCUCGAGAGCGGCGAGUCAGGUGGUGGCGCAGACCCAGGAACGCAAGGUCAGUGCUCCAGCUCCGGUUACACCCGCCGCUGGCAAGACAGGCAGUGCUGCUCAGCCUGGCUCGGGAUUCUCCACUUCCAGCAACUUUGUCCAUUUGAAAAAGCACAAGGCAGCCUUGGCUGCAGCUCAGUUUAAAAGUAGUAACACCAGUGAGACCAAGUCCAACCCUGUGAAAAAUCAGACAUUUUCAACCUCUCUCUCCGUAGACAGUGCUAUCGUCUGUAAUACAAUAAACAAAGCGAACUCUGUAGGCAGUGGGCAAACUUCCCAGACCAGUCAGCCAAACUACCACACUAAACUGAAAAAGGCUUGGCUAACAAGACAUUCGGAAGAAGAUAAAAACACUAAUAAAAAAGAGAAUUCAGGGAACAGUGUUUCAGAAAUUAUUAAGCCAUGUACUGUCAAUUUAAUAGCUUCUACAUCAAAUGAUUUGCAAAAUAACAUAGAUAGUAAAAUGUUGGCAGAUAAGUUUGUGAAGGAAGAUAAGCACCCUAGGAGAAAAGCAAAACGAACUUACGAGUCUGGCUCUGAAAGCGGAGACUCUGAUGAAAGCGAGAGCAAGUCAGAGCAAAGGACUAAACGGCAGCCCAAGCCAACUUACAAAAAGAAACAAAAUGAUUUGCAGAAAAAAAAGGGUGAUACAGAAGAAGAAGUAAAGCCGAAUGGUGUUCUUAGCAGGAGUGCCAAAGAAAAAAGCAAGCUGAAGUUACAGAGCGGCAGUAACAGCAGUGAGUAUAUUAAUCUGAUUUGGAAGAGACAGACUAUUGUGAAGACUGUCAAUCCUGGAGGGUUUGUCAUGCACGAUAGCUGGGAAGAGAGUUAA